AUGGCCGAGCCAUCAAUGCCGGCACUUCCCCUGCCCGCGCCGUCGGCGGCACCGUCACCGACUUACACCCGGCAUGAUGCACUCAUGCUCAACUUCCUAAACCCCGUUUACUGGGUAUUUUUGGCGCUUGUGCUCUAUACCAUAGGGCUGUCGAUUUACAGACACCAUGCCCGCCAAAGCCUGUUGCCAAUCACGUAUAAGGCAGCAAGUCCGGAGGAGUUGAUAAGCCAUGGAGGCAAGAAGAGGGCUCCCUCCCAGGGACUUUUCAAGGCUCUGGGAGCCAUCAUUGUAAGAGCGGCGUCCGCCAUAUGGUGGUGUCUACGCGCUUGCGUAGGCAGGAGUCUUCGGUACAUCAAAAUGGGGCGAGUAAGGACAAGGCCACGCGAAGUGGCAGAUUUGACGGCGGAGGAGCUUUACAAUAGCGGACAGGCAUGGGCGGAAGAGUAG